AUGAAACGCAGGAACAAUGAGAAGGACCGGUUGCGCAGCAUCGCAAGUAAGACAAAUCCGAUCCCUUUUGUUCUAAAGAUUGUUUCAGUAACUGUCAAGUUUCUGAAGACCCACCAAAAGAAACAACUUUGCCGAGUCGAAUCUACAAGCCUGAGUUUGGAACGCGAUGAGAGAGAUAGUAACAAGUACGAUGAGAAAGACACAAGCUUAAGUAAGGUAGCUUCGAUUCCUUUUCAAUCCAAGGAGCGAGAUUGUAACACUGAGAAAGGCACAAGCUUGAGUAAGUUAGAUUCGAUUCCUCUUGACCUAGAGAUUGAGAUACUGGCUAGACUGCCCGCAAAGUCUCUAGUGAAGUUCCAAUGCGUGUCAAAGAUUUGGUCUUCCAUCAUCAGAAGCCAGAGUUUCGUCGAUUCCUUCUUCUCCAUGUCCUCCUCUAGGACGCAGUCGCGGUUUUUAAUCUCUUUCAGUAAAGGUGCACUCCCCAAGAUUGGUGACAAUCUCAUGUUCAUCUCUUCGGCUUCCUACGACAGAGAGGAAGCUUCUUGUUUGAUAACCAAUGUCGAUCUGAUACUACCUUUUGAUAGUUACUUGGAUAGAUGCUGCAACUGUUCUUCCGUCCAUGGCUUAAUCGGGUGUGCUAAGAGUGGUCCAUUCAUUGUCUGUAACCCUAGCACAGGCAAAGUCACUAUCUUACCCUAUAGCGGAUCACACACAUCCUUGGGAUACGAUCCUGUUGGUGAUCAAUUCAAAGCAUUGAUCUUGUUGUCUCAUCCUCACCUUAACCAUGAUUUUCUAGUGCACGAGGUUUUAACUCUAGGAGGAGACUCUUCUUCGUGGACACGCAGUAAGGUUACCUCCCCUCCUUAUUACACUGUAACUAAAACAAUAAGCAUCAACGGUUUCGUGUUUUUUGGUGCUUGGACCCCCACCCGAGAUAAGAAUCCGGUGAUUGUGUGUUUUGACGUUAGACAUGAGAGCAUUAGUUUUAUCAAAGCGCCUGUGGAUGUUGUGUAUUGGGAGGGUGAAUCAAUAUUGAUAGACUACAAAGGGAAGUUAGCUGCCAUUACAAGACACCCCUACCAUCAUUUUAGCAGUUUUAAUUUCUGGAUACUAGAGGAUAUGCAGAAACAUGAUUGGUCCAAGCAAACGUUUACGCUUCCCUUCUCUUUGGGGUUGGGUACGAACAUGAUUUCCUCGGGAAUCAACAAAGCUGGUGAAAUCAUUUUUGCUUCAAGACGUCUGUCGCGUGAUGUUCAACCCUUCUACAUUUUCUACUACAAUGUUGAAAGAAAGGACAUCAGAAAAGUUAUCCUCAAAGGAAUAGCAGACGAUGGACAGUUUAGGCGUCGAUAUGGAUUUGGAGAUGAAGUUUGCGUCUACAUCUCGCCAGAACAUGUUGAAAGUAUUGCCUCUUUAUAA